AAAGUCCUUCACAGUGAGCUACCGUGUCUAUAUAGUGAGCAUCAUUUUCAGAGCUUUGAAUCAACCAGCAGAGUCGGGCUGGUGGAUACAAAACAGAGACGAAAGGGUGACGAAAGCAAAAAUGUCUAAUCAAAGCCUUGACCUGUCGACCACUCAGAGGAGCAUCACGCCUCCAUUCUCCAGCAGUUACACCAUCUGGUACAACACCCCCACUUCAACAGUCUCUUCUACCUCUCAGUUAGACAACAUUGCAGCGAAUGACAUAACCUCCAGAGCAAACUAUGUCUACAGUUUCUUGGCUGGGCUAGGCUUCAUCGCAGGCUGCUUCGUGCUCUACAGCUUCAUCCAGACGUACAGGGCCCAAAGACGGCUGGCAUGGCUCGACUCCCUGCUCUGGGCCUUUUGUGGCUUCCAGCUGCUGCUCUUGCUCCUCUCUCUCCACGCUGUGGCCUACAGACCGGACUACAUGAAGACCACAGGUUUGGGCUGUGCUGCUCUCUCCUUCACCAUCAACACAGUCUCUCUGUGCGGCCUGCUGGUCUUAGUGUUAAUGGCUUAUGUCCUAACCCUGGAUCCACCAUCCCACGCCCUACUGAGGAAGCCUGGGGUGUGUGCAGCUCUGGUGAUCCUGACUUCUGUCUUGAUUUGUCUGCUGCUGGCUGGGCUUCGUGGACCGAGCCAAGCAAGUCUGCAGGAAGAGGACAAAUGUUUUAUGGAUCUAGUCUCUAAUGAUGUUUCUUAUGCAGCCGCUAGGUUGAGCCUGGCUUUUUUGAUUCCCUACAUCUUCCAAGUAGGACUUCUGAUAGGUGGCUGCGUCCGGCAGUGGAAAUCUAAAGGCCGUUUUCUCUCCGGCUCCGAGGAGGGUCCGGUGUUCCUGACAGUCACCAUGGUCGUGUUCUUCUGCCACCUCUUCUACAGCGUGGCGCUGGUGAGAGGAGCACAACUAAAAACGCUGGGCCAUCUUGAGCGUGCGUUUCUGAGCGUGGCUGAGUUUGUUUUGUUCUCAGGCAGCAGUGCCAGCCUGCUCCUCGUGCUGCUCAUGCACAGGCCGUGUCGAGAGAGUCUCCGCGGAGUGUUUAGGCAGCUGAGGGACUGCUGUCGGAGCACAGGGCACACGCAGCCCAACAGAAACAUCAUAGCUCCCCACAUUGAGAUCACAGACACGUUGCAGGACAUAGAGUCAUAGAGGACAAGAACCCUCUCAUCUCUGAGAACAGAACUCUUCCAAUGGAUCAAAUUAAAGACUAUUGACACAUGACGUAUUAGACAUUUUCUUAAUGUAACUUUAACGCUUUUGCUGUUUCUCUUAAGUGACAAUGUAAAUGUUUUUACAUACAUGCAUCUUCUUUAUAGUGUCUCCCGGGACUGAAAGUUAUUGUACAUUUUUAUUUU